AUUUUGCAUUUCCAGGAGAGAGAACUGUAUGUAAAUAAUACAGUUCUCUCCCCUGUCAGCUCAUGCACACUGCUUUGUAUGGCUCUGCAUAUCAGAGCCAUACAAAGCAGUGUGCUUACAGUAGAAAGCACAAACACAGCUUACUGUGAAACAACACACAGUUAACCCUUUGAUCGCCCCACAUGUUAACCCUUUUCUGCCCAAUGCUAUUAGUAGUGUCAGUGCUUUUUAUUAGCACUGAUCACUGUAUUGGUGUCACUGGGGAUGUCAGUGACACCAAGUCAGUUACCCCCAGUGUCAGAAUGCCAGCUGCAAUCCCAC